UAGAAGAGACAGAGAGAGACAGAGAAAGACAGAGAGAUAUUUGACUUUUCAUCAUGGAGGUCAUCAGGUCUACACUCAUCUUCUCCAGUCUUCUACUAACAGUGUUGGCUCAGAAGCCGGUGGUGUCGAUCGAGCCCCGCAGAGCCGACGUUAAACAGGGCGAGACGGUGAGCUUCCGGUGCAAAGUGACCAGUGGUGCUUCGCCGAUACAGCUGGAGUGGAAACGAGGCAACAACCAACCGCUAGCAGAUAACGUUAAAGUCGGACCAGAUGGUUCGGUACUGACCAUUGCUUUUGCUCGGCCCGGUAACCAGGGACAGUACCACUGCACAGCAACCACCGCACAAGGAAAAGGCACCACCGCGGCAUCGCUAAAUGUGAAGCAGCCUCCAAAGGUGCGUAUCAACCCAUCCGGCCAAGCAAGGGUGAGAGUGGGUGAAGUCAAAUCUCUUGAGUGCUCUGCCACAGGAAGGCCCCGCCCCUCCAUCACCUGGAUUAAACAGGAAGCAGGAAGAGAGGAUGAACUGGUUUCCACGACGACAGACACCAGUGUGACAGCAAAGGUGAUGGUUCAGGAUGGUGGGACGUUUGUGUGUCGUGCCCAGAACAAGGACGGCACAGCGGAGCAGAAGGUGGUGCUUAAGGUAGAGGGCGGAGCCACAGAGCCCAAAGCUACGGUUGAUACCACGGACAUGACGGUUGUUGAGGGACAAACAGUAGAAAUGCACUGCCAGGCUACAGGUUCCCCCACACCUGUUAUUACCUGGUCUAAGCUGCGUGCUCCGUUGCCAUGGCAAUACAGGACUGAAGGAGGAACUCUGACUCUCAGUAACGUCGGACGGCAAGAUUCAGGUCAGUACAUCUGUAACGCCACAAACUCAGAAGGCUUCAGUGAGGCGUACGUGCAGAUGGAGGUGGAGACUAAGCCGUAUGCUACCACCAUUCCCGAUGUUGUUACCGCUCGUCGUGGGGACGCUAUGCAUGUGCAGUGUGUUGCCCAUGGCUCUCACCCAAUCACCUACCAAUGGACACGUGUGGGCAGGGCGGUGUUGUCCUCAAAGGCAAAGAUCAAUGAUGGUCUUCUGACAAUUUCUCCGCUCAAAGUGACUGACAGCGGGACGUACAAGUGCGUGGCCACCAAUCACAUAGGCACCAGUGAGGCCUUCACCACUGUCACCGUUAAAGCAUAAAAGGCGUAGAUGAUGUGAGCGUGCGAGGACAGCAGUCAUCCCUGCCAACACAUCACCACCACCACUACAUACCAGGCUUUAUAAACGACACCACGUAAUAACUUAAUGGCCUAACACAAACAUCUUGUCUACACCACGCAUCACACACACAUCACAGAGAACCCCAGUUACACUAAAACUUUACACACAGGCCAAACUGUAGGACAUUCCCGCACUCUUUUGUGUUUAAUAAACACGCAAUAAAUAUACCAUUUGGCCACGCA